AUGUCUGCGGAUGGAGGAAAAAAAAAUCAUACCCACUGCACGGAUGAGCAAAACAACACGCGAGCGAGCUUUCGGGUUACGCAAUCCCACGCCCGGAGGCGGGCGUCCUGCGAGGCUCUCUACCCUGCACAAGGUGGGAGCCGGGUGGGCCGGGGUGUGGAUGAUGCUGGGGCGACCGGGGCCCCAGGGCUCGCAGGCCGGUCUCCCGCGCGUGAGCGUGGCACAGCGGAGGGUGCACGGCCCGGCCGGCUCCGAGCCACGCUCGCCUCUCCCCUUACAGCUCACCCUGACCCGGAAACAGUACCCCGGAGUGGUGGCCCCGGCGUGGAGGAGGUCGGGGUAGAGGGCCGAAGAGGAAGGCGGGAGAGCAGGAAGUGCGGGACGACCCAGAGGGUACCGGGAAAGCGCGGCCACCGGCCCCCAGGCCCUGAACCGGGGGAUCGGGAGGCGGGUGUGGGAAGAGAACGAGGAAGAGAAAAAGAAGAAAAAAAAAAAGAGCCCCUCGCGGGCGCGCGCAGGCCGCACACACUCACCUGCCCCUCCCCCUCCCCGCCCGCCCGGCGGAGGCUCCCGAGCUGCCGCGGGCCGCGCGUGCGCGUGCGCGCGCACACGAGGUUUGGUGUGGGGGGGGGGGGGCGCACGCGCACACACGCCGCCGCCGCCGCCGCCGCCGGCUCUGCCUCGAGCUCGCGCGCUCGCGCCCGCGCCCGGCUCAGUCCCAGCUCGGCUCAUUCAAAGCCGGGCGCGCGCCCCGUCGCAGCAGCCGCCGCCGCCGUGGCCGCCGUGGCCGCCGCGCAGCCGCCAUGGCCGCCCCUUCGCCAGAAACACGCCCGGACCCCGCCCCGGCCCCGCCCAGACCCCGCCUCUAAGGCGGAGCUAGGGGCUGUCUCCAGGCUCUCCCUGCCGCACCCCGCCUCAGGGUCGCAGCAGGAGGAAGAUUGAAAACCACUGAGCUAGAGUUUAUUGCUGUAUUGGUCCAGGAUUCCAUAAGAAACUACUGUUGGAAAGUGGCAGGAAAGAAGUACAUACUUCAAUAGAAAUCCUGGUGGCUGAGUUCUUGUUUCACAACAUAGAACAAAAGGAAAGCAACUGUGCUGACUGGUGAGUUUUAUAUCAAUUUUACAUGAGCUAGAAUCAUCAGAGAGGGAUGAUUCAAUUUCACUGGAAAAAUAAAAUGCCUUCAUAAGAUAGGACUGUAGGCAAGCUUGUGGGGGAAUUCUCUUAAUUAGUGAUCCAUGUGUAUUGCUUGGAUUCUAAAAGCUCCCUGGGAGAGGGGGAUGAGAAGGCACAGCAUCAACAACACACACACUGGGAGUCCAUUGAAGGCAAAUAAUAAACUCAUUUAUUCAAUAACAGGGAAGGCCUUCAACACCCUCCUCCCAGCGCCCAGUCUGUGUGGUUGUCCCUCAUUGGCUGGGCACGAUCAGGAACUCUGGCAUUGAUUAGGAACUCUGACAGCGACUGUUGCUAGGCCUUCAGGCAGACUCCAGGUUGGCUCUUAAGAAGUAUGUUAUGUGCAUGCCUUGGCAGUUGGUCUGAGACUAUUUCCUUGACCCAAUGGGCCUGUUCUACUACAUAUCCACCCUUUUAUUUUAUUCCAUUGACACUCAGUGGGAGUUGGAGUUCUUUGUUCCUCUGGCCUUGUUGACCAGGGGGGCUCAGCAACUGGACUAUGCCUGUCUUAGGUUGGCUUGACAAACAAGCCCUUACCCAUCUUUGACUACCAGCCCUCGAAGAGCAUCUAUCCCUGGGGAGUCACCCUGGGUGGGGAGUGUCAGGCAUGCAUAACCUCCUGUGGAGGGCUAUGAGUUGGAUGCCUAAGAGCCAUUAACACCUACAGAGUCACCUUAGUGGCUGCCUGUUGUUGUUGGAUGUGCUGUAGGAGACACAAAGGAGAAAGAUCAAAAGCACCACCCCACCAAUCAAAGCAUAAGUGAAAUCCAGGAGGGAACUAUCAGCUUCUUUAUAUCAUGCCUUUUCCAAAAAAUAGUCAAAGGCCAUAACCUGUGCUCUUGUCUGACUCAAAUGGAAAAUUUCAUGUGUUAACUGUAAUGGAUAAUAUAGAAAUUUAGCUGACCUUGGGCCCUUAAUAUAUUUAGCUAGCUCCCAACCUGCUAAACUAAUGUUCCUUACUCAAAAGGUGUCAUACAAAGUGAGGAAAAGCAAGGCUUCACAAAUCUUCAUCCUUUAGAGAGGCAAUCGGAGCAAUUACCUAUCCUGGGUGAUUUUCUCCUUGGAAGCAGGCUGAUCAAUGGCCAAGUACACAUCUCUUGCUGAGACCCAUAUUGGUAUAGUGGCACUCUGAGGAAAAACACAAGCAUACCCUCUCCCACAGGUUAGCAGGGAGCUGGCAGCUGCCAUUGGAGGAAGAUAGGAUCUCUCCAUCUCACCAGGGGCAGAGGCUUGUUCUUUGGCGGAGAUCCCCAGUGCUUAUAGGCCAGGAUGAGCCCCUUGUAGGGCCUUGAGGGCCAAGUCUGAGACCUGUUGAAAAUAGGCAUCCAAACCAAUCUGUGCCUGGUACACAGAUGGACAUAUUCCCCAUGCCCUGUGAGCAUAUCAUAGGUCACUAGGAUGUUAAGCAAGAUGUUUGUCCAAGCCUGGGGGGAGGGGGCAAAAGGGGUGGCAGCACAUGACUUAAUGACAGCUGCCUUCUCUUUGACAGAUUUGGCAGGACUCAAACUGACAGAUUCACAGGGCUCAAAUUGACAGAUUUCUCUGGGCCCAAACUGACAGCUACAUUCUUCUUCACAGAUAUCUUAGGGUCCAAACUGACAAUUACAUUCUCUUUGACAGAGUUCCCAGGGCCCAAACUGACAUUUAUGUUCCCAUCAUCAUUGGAGAUCAUAGAGAUAUCUGACAGGGAAGUGGUCUUGGUGGUGAGAAGAUUGCCCAUCUUUUCAAUGGGAUGGAAAUUUGAAUUGGACCUUAUGUCCUGUGCUUAGUGGAUGACUUUUGUAGUUUUUAGGCUAUGACCCUAUGUCCACAUGGUGUCUCCAGAUGAGGGACAGUGAUUAGGAGCCAAGCCUUGAUUCCAUCUCCUGGGGAGGGGCCAAUCCUUAUGUGGAGGUGCCAGGCAAACCAAAAUGAAAAACACAAAAACAACAACAACAACAAAAAAGUGCCUUCCUAAGGGGCUGGGCAGACAAACAUGACAGACAACACAAAAGAAGGAAAGAAGUGGGGGUCCCAAUGAUUACCUGCCAAAGGGACUGGAAGAACACAACACGGAUGGGCCUCUCACCAAAGCACACUAUCUUAGGGGCACUGUCAAGCAAUGCUAUGAAGAGAGGGAGAGAUCAGAACCUGCACUGGGAGAAUCAAAGUAACAGAAAGCCCCGUGUUCAAGUGCCAUUUCAGUUCCUCCGGCCAGCUCAGUGGGUAGAGCAUGAGACUCUUAAUCUCAGGGUCAUAGGUUCGUGCCACACAUUGAGCACCAGAUGUUGCUUGAAUUCUAAUGGCCCCCUGGGGGAGGGGGUGAGAAGGUGUGGCAUCAACAACACAGACACCAGGAGUUCUGCCCUCAGGCAGAAUUCAGGAUGG